GAGCGGCGACAACCAUGGCCGAGUUCCAGGCCGUGAUCUUGGCCGGCGGGCGUGGCAUCCGCCUGUACCCGCUGACGGAGGAGACGCCCAAGAGCCUGCUGCCGGCCAACGGCAAGCCGCUGCUGUGGUACCAGCUGCACCUGCUGGAGACCUCGGGCUUCACGGAGGUGCUGGUGCUGACCGUGCCCGACCUGCUGCCGCCCCUCCAGGACUACCUCACGCGCGAGUUCGACGGCAAGAUCCACGUCGAGCUCUGCGAGGUGGCGGACAACACGGAGACGGCCGACGCGCUGCGCGAGGUGGCGGACAAGAUCAAGCGCGACUUCAUCGUGCUGGCCGGCGACCUGGUCACCGACGUGGUGCUGCACAACGUGGCCGACUUCCACCGCAUCAACGACGCCAGCGUCACCAUGCUGCUGCGCCAGGAGGAGCCCGCGCGCACCAAGGCCAAGGGCGAGAAGCCGCGCCGCGACAAGGACAUGACCGACUGCAUCGCGCUCGUGGAGGGCCAGCGCGACGAGGAGAACCGCGUCGUGCUCGUGUCCCAGGCCGUGCACAUGAACGAGGACCUGUACGUGGCCAAGAGCCUGCUCAAGCGCCGCAGCAACUUCGUGCUGCACACGGACCUGUACGACGGCCACUUCUACAUCUUCUCGCACUGGGUGCUCGACCUGCUGCAGGAGAAGAAGUACAUCGCCAGCAUCAAGGCCGACCUCGUGCCGCACCUCGUGCGCCGCCAGUUCCGCGGCGCCGCCGCGCUGCCCGAGAGCGUCCGGGAGAGGGCCACGAGCAAGCAGGCGCUCGCGGCGUCGCUGUCGCUGUCCGAGGAGAAGCACGACCCCGAGGACCUCGUGCGCUGCUUCGCCUACGUGCUGCCGUCCAACGCCUACUGCGAGCGCGCAGACACCAUCCCGGCGUACAAGGCCAUGGACGAGGAGGUCGGCUCCCGGCUGCGCAUUAAGCGCUCGGGAUCCAUCUCCAACUAGGCGUCAUGUUAGUGCAGCUUGAG